AUGGCGGACCGAUACUCCUUCUCCCUCACCACUUUCUCCCCCAGCGGAAAGCUGGUACAAAUCGAGUAUGCCUUGAACGCCGUCAACCAGGGUGUUACCUCACUAGGAAUCAAGGAGCUCGCAGCCACCAACGGCAUUGUCCUCGCUACCGAGAAGAAAUCGUCAUCGCCGCUCAUCGACUCGCAAUCGUCAUCAAAGAUCAGUCUCAUAACACCCAACAUCGGUAUGGUCUACUCGGGCAUGGGCCCUGACUACCGCGUUCUCGUCGACAAGGCCCGCAAGGUCUCACAUACCGGCUACAAGCGCGUCUACAACGAAUACCCACCUACAAGGAUAUUAGUACAGGAUGUGGCGCGAGUGAUGCAGGAGGCUACACAGUCUGGUGGUGUCAGGCCGUACGGUGUCAGUCUGCUGAUUGCUGGAUGGGAUGAUGGUAUCGAGCCUGAGGCCGAAGGCAAGAGCGAAGAGCAGACGAGCGAAGAGAAGAAGAAGGUCAGCGGAAAGACUGGUGGAAUCCUCAAGGGCGGACCCAGUCUGUACCAGGUCGACCCCAGCGGGAGUUAUUUCCCUUGGAAGGCGACAGCCAUAGGAAAGAGCGCGACAAGCGCCAAGACCUUCUUGGAGAAGCGCUACACCGACGGUCUCGAGCUCGAAGACGCCAUCCAUAUCGCCCUGCUCACCCUCAAGGAGACCAUAGAAGGAGAGAUGAACGGCGAGACCGUUGAGAUUGGCAUUGUCGGACCGCCAGAGGAGAGGCUGCUUGGUACCGAGGGUGUCGAGGGAGCCGUCGGGCCGCGAUUCAGGAAGUUGAGCCCGUCCGAAGUUGAGGACUACCUCACCAACUUGUAG